CCUUUAAUAGAGUCUAAAAGCUUUUCGUCAGGUUAUGCUCAACCGAGUUCCCAGCCUCUACUAUGUGAUGCAAACCUCAAUCGUGAUGAUGGAACCCCAACUCCUCCUCAGCACCCGCAGCUUUUCCUUCCUCUCCUCCUCCGCCUCCGCCUCCGCCUCCUCCUCCGUAGUAGUAAAUCGACGAUGCUUUUUCCGAAAAUCCGCCGCCACACCUUCACCUUGCGGGAGUACGAUGAAGAAGCGGGCGACGGGGAAAGCGAGCGCCUCCUUGUCGUCGGAGACGAGCGCAUCCUCGCAGCAGACGUCGGCAGCGACAGCGGUGGUCCCCACUCACCGGGUCACCGUCCACGACCGCCAGCGUGGCGUCGUCCACCAAUUCCUCGUUCCCGAGGACCAGUACAUACUCCACACUGCCGAGUCGCAGAACAUUUCCCUCCCCUUCGCCUGCCGCCAUGGUUGCUGUACGAGCUGUGCUGUUCGAAUAAAAUCUGGACAGAUCAGGCAACCUGAGGCCCUUGGAAUAUCUGCAGAGCUAAAAUCUCAGGGUUAUGCAUUGUUAUGCGUUGGCUUUCCAUCAUCUGAUAUUGAAGUUGAAACUCAAGAUGAGGAUGAGGUUUAUUGGCUCCAGUUUGGAAGAUAUUUUGCACGAGGACCUAUUGAACGGGAUGACUAUGCACUGGAGCUGGCGAUGGGUGACGAAUGAUAUGUUUAUCCCUACAAUACAAAACCGCAUUUAAACUGUAGUUGAAGCAGAUCAGUGCUUUAUGGUACCCGUUUCUUUCGUUACUUCUUAGUUUGCAUGUUUAUUGUUGUAUCGAGUUUUGUAAUGUCUUAUGCAUAGGUAACUUGAACAAAACGUUGAGGCUUAUUGUUGUAUCGAGUUUUGUAAUAUCUUAUGCAUAGGUAACUUAAACAAAACUUCGAGGCCGCAAUUUGCAUGUGCAGUUUAUAUUCA